AACCACAAAUCAGCUCUUGAUCAUCUUGAUGUUAUUUGCUCCUACUGCAAAGACAAAGUUGCCCUUGGCCACAUGUCUGGCCCUCAUUCUGAGGCUGAAGUUCAAAAUAUUUUGGGAGGCCACUUCACAUCCUCACCCCUUGGCAUUGUCAAAAAAUCUGGAGAACCUGGAAAGUUUAGAGUC